AUGGUGGGACCCCAACACAAUUGGGACCCCAACACAGGGAGGACCCCCACAGCACAGGAGGACCCCAACACAGGAGGACCCCAACACAGGAGGACCCCUACAUGGCUGGGACCCCCAACCACAGGGAGGACCCCAACACAGGAGAACCCCAACAUGGUAAGGACCCCAGCACAGGGAGGACCCCAACACAGGAGGACUCAACACAAGAGGAUCCCCAACACAGGAGGACCCCAACACAGGAGGGACCCCAACACAGGAGGACCCCCAACACAGGAGAACCCCAGCAUAGAGAACCCCAACCUUAGUAGGACCCCAACACAGGAGGACCCCAACACAGGGAGGACACCAACACAGGAGGACCCCCAACACAGGGAGGACCCCCAACACAGGAGGAUCCCAACACAGGAGGACCCCAACAUAGUAGGACCCCCAACAGGAGGACCCCAACACGGAGGACACCAGCACAGGGACCCCAACACAGGAGGACCUCUCAUCACAGGGAGGACACCAACACAGGAGGACACCAGCACAGGAGGACACCAACACAGGAGGAACCCCCAACACAGGAGGAUCCCAACACAGGAGGGACCCCCAACACAGGAGAACCCCAACCUGGGAGGAUCCCAGCACAGGGGACCCCCAACACAGGAGAACCCCAACAGGAGGAUCCCAACACAGGAGGACCCCAAUAACAUAAGUAGGACCCCCAACACAGGAGGACUGGCACAGGGAGGGACACCAACACAGGAGGGACCCCAACACAGGAGAACCCCCAACACAGGAGGAUCCCAACACAGGAGGACCCCCAGCAUAGUGGGACCCCAACUUGGGAGGGACCCCCAACACAGGGAGGACAUGCCAACAUGGGAGGACCCCCAACACAGGAGGACCUGCCUCAUCACAGGAGGACACCAACACAGGAGGACACCAACACAGGAGGACUUUAACACAGAGAGGGACCCCCAACACAGGAGGACCCCCAACACAGGAGGACCCCAACUGGGAGGGACUCCAUCUGGGAGAACCCAACAUAGUGAGGACCUCAUCACAGGAGAACCCCCAACAUAG